UGACCACUCAACACCGAUUUAUAACUACUAUCAUGAAAGAUGCCGUCCACCAAGACUUUUACAAGAAGAAGGAACGCCACCAUGGCGUGUGUGUCAUGCCGUGAGAGCAAGGUAAAGUGCGACGGUGCGGAGCCGGCAUGCUCCAACUGUGUCAACAGGAGUCGUCAAUGCCGCUAUCAAGCAUUUGACAAGAGAAAGCUGCCGCUCCGCGUAGCUAUCGAGAUACUAUCGAGCAGAGUCAAUCAGCUCUGCAGUUUUAUUCGAGAGAACGGGUUGCAGCCGCCGCCAAUGUUGCAAGAGAAAGAUUCGGCCCUGAGGAAAGUUUUGGAGAUGCUUGGGCUAGCUGAGAUAAACUCAUCCCUGAUAGGGCAGGUCAAGAAGAAACUCCCGGAGAUGCCCAAUUCCAUACAGGAAUCUGGCUCUUCCCAGACAAUUGACCUGGAAGGAAACAAGUCUGACGGCGUUCUCAUGAACUCCAGGCAAAAUCAGGAUAUCUCCACUCUGCCUCCUGUAGCCGAGAAUGGCGCCCCUAAUCUUCCUCCGUUCCAGGGCAUACAUCAAAUUCAGCCAAACAGUAAUCUGGCUUGGCAUUUUGAACUAGGUAUGGACUCAAUUGUGACACCGGCUUGUCCAGAUACGUACACCUUCCUCACUCAGAGAUUCUCAAACGACCCAUCACCCCCAGCAUCCGAGGGAAUGCCUGAAAAGUUUGCGCCCAUCAUCGCCGACGACGAUCAAACAUUGGUAGAAGAGUCCAGCAACAGGGUAGAUAUAGAAGGCCUAAUCGAUGAACUCUCCGACCGAGUGGGUACGCUCCAAGUUGGACCCGGAGGACAGACGCAAUUCUAUGGCCCAACCUGCACGUUCAACCUAGCGGAUAUGCUAGCUACUAACUCCGGAGUGAACAUUGCUCAAACCUAUGUACUGGACUGCUUGAGUCAACUCGGAAACCACAAUGCUGUUCCGGCGGCUCUUGAAGAGCACCUGACAAAUCUCUACUUCUGCUGGCAGGACCCGUCUUUCCAUGUCGUGGAUCGGAAAAUGUACAACGCAGCCAAGGAAAAGUGGCAUGUUGACGGGGACACCCCUUACUACUCUGAGUCGCUCCGGAAUGCAAUAUGUGCUUUAGGAGCUUCCUUCGAGACGCGCUACCACCCGGACUUCGUGACGUUUCCGAAAUCACUGGUGGAUUUCUUCGGCGAUCGCGCAAAGGCCCUUCUUGAGGUUGAGCUGGACUGUCCCUGUGUAGCAACUGUUCAAGCCCUGGUUAUCUGCAGCAGCUUCGAGGUCGGAAAUAUUCAGCUUAUGCUCACAGGUAUGGCCAUCCGACUCGCUUUCAAUCUCGCCCUACAUCUCGAUAUGUCUUCUUAUGUGUCUAGCGGAGUUAUUACCAAAGUGGACGCGGACCUGCGGCAGACAGUGUUCUGGGCUGCGUAUACAGUUGACCACCAGCUAGGAUUUUAUCUCGGCCGGCCGUUCCGGACAAAUAUGGAUGAUGUAACCGUUGGCAAGCUUACCGCCAGGGCACGCCAAGAGGAACAAAAUAGAUGGAUGCCAUAUACAUCAGCAGGGCCUGUAUGUGCCGAAAUUGGUGUGCCAGACAAUAUGGAAGCCGUAUGCGAAGAACAAAUCAAUCUCUGCGAGAUAAUGGCGCCAAUUGGAGACUUCCUAUAUGGGACCUCAAGUAUUUCCAAAGCUGUCCUCCAACAAAUUAACGAAAAGAUUGUCACGAAGCUCUUUUCCUGGAAAGCUAACCUCCCAUCACCCCUUCAAAUCAAAUUAGAUGACCAGACAACACCAUAUACACCGCAAGUCCUCCUCCUGCACAUGCAAUACUACCAAAACAUGAUCUACGCCCACCGCCCCUGGAUGUCCAAAUCCAGUCUCCAGCCGCAACCCCCGCAAGGUCCUGGUUACGGCCACGCCCGCGAAAUGUGUAUCCAGUCUGCUCUAGCAAUCGCCAGGAUUCUUGUCAUGUACGAGUGCCGGUAUACGCUUCGCCGAAUCCAUACCAAGGCUGUGGCCAUUACAUCCUCUGCUGUGCUCUUGCUGCUCUUUGCAGCUGUGACGCAGUAUCGCCCAUGCAAUGGAGAUAUCGGUGGUAAACAUGGCGGUAUUGGUGAUGGUAUUACAAAACACUUGAGUACAUGUUUCCGCGCGCUGGAUGAAUUCUCCAUCUCGUGGCCAAGUGCGGCAAGAGCGAAGGAUUUGCUGCUGAGGUUGCAGCGGCGUUGGGAAAUUCGGACGCGUUCUACUCAGGGGAGGAAAGACGGGACUGAAGGUUCCUUCGCAGAAUUGGGGCAGUCAUCUGCUUCCGAUGAGCUUCAUGGCCUAAUCAGCAGGACCUCUGGUACAUCAAGGAAGAACCCAGAGCCGCAAGCGAUCAAUGUCGACGUCGAUACUGAUUGGAUGCUUAUGCCGGAUAGACAAUCUUCUUUGAACAGCCGGUCUUUAGAACUCUACUCAUUGCUCUCUAACCCUGUUACUAUGUGUUCAGUACCUGAGAGCAUGCAAAGAUACACAAAUGUUCAUCAUUGA